AUGAAGAUGGAUAGGAUCAGUUUGUUACCGAACUCUAUCCUUUGCGACAUUCUCUCAUACCUCCCAACAAAAGAAGCUGUAUCCACCAGCAUCCUCUCUAGCAGGUGGCGCCAUGUUUGGAAGGAACUCCAAGUCCUUGACAUAGAUGAUACAACCUCUCGGCCCGGUCUGGGAUGGGAAGCUCGAUUUGCUUCAUACGUGAAUGCUAUUCUAGCUCGGCGCAAUGCAGAUUACCCUAUCCAAAAGUUUCGCCUCACUUGUUAUGAAUAUUCAGAAAGAAGUCUAACCAUCUUAACAUGGCUUGAUGCCGUUAAUGGGCCCUAUCUCCAAGAACUGUAUCUCUGCCUUGAAGUAGCGUGUGAAAUCGACUUGCCUGAAGCCAUACUCACUUCUCCAUCACUCAAGUCCCUUGUUUUGAAACAUGGUGAAUAUUUCGAUUGUUAUGAAAAGUUUCCAAAUGUUUAUCUGCCAUCUCUCAAGAACUUAGAGUUAGAUGGCUGUGUGGACCCCAGCAAACUUUUAUCUGGCUCCCCUGUUCUUGAAAAUCUUAUGCUCAUUGUACCGAACAAAGACUAUGGUUGUUAUGUUUAUAUACCUACAAUCCAGAUGCCUCGCACAUUGAAAAGGUUAAUCUUUGAAGAUAACAGUACCGAGGAUAAUAACAUUAGCCAUCGUGUGAUAGAUACGCCAUCUCUUGAAUACCUCUAUAUGAAAAUAAUCGCCAAAUCUAAGCUACAGGUUUCGUUUAGCGAUUUCCCUAACAUGGUAGAGGCACAUCUUCAUAUUCAUCAUGGUCGUGUUGAGCAUGUCCUUUGGGUGCCCAAGCUUCUCGUGGCACUCCGCGAAACAAAAUUGUUGGCAUUGAAACAUUGCGCAACAGAGUGCUUAUUUAAUGGUGUAACUUUCGAGUUUCCGGAAUUUCCCCGUUUGCUCAAUCUAGAGCUUGAUGUUGCAUGUUUCAACACAGACUUCCUGCUAAACUUCCUUCAUAAUUGUCAUGUACUUGAAGAUCUCGUGGUUCAUGUUUUGAAGAGUGUUGUGUAUUGUGAACUAUAUUUUCAUCGGAGUCAGUUUUAUGUGCCAGCACCACCAACAAUGGUUUCGAAUUGUGUGACAUCACAUCUCAAGAGUUUUGAGUUUAGAGAAUAUGAGAACUCCGCAGAUGAGCGUGAAUUUAUUGAAUAUCUUUUACAAAGAGGACUUGUUUUGAAGAGAGUCACAAUUCAUCUUUAUUAUUAGUUAGACCAAGAGACAAAGUACGAUAUUGUCAAAGAAUUAUCUGCUAUACCAAGGGGCUCUACAACAUGUCAGCUAAAUUUUAUUGACCAAAAACCUGUUGAACAUGAUUGAUGGAAGUUAAAAACUCUACGAUAUGGUCAACUGCAAAACCAUUUUGGAUGCAUGACUCGGAUAUGAAUCAUG